AUGGAUCAACAGCAGAGAAAUGAUGUGGGAAGAGCUACUAUUGUUGAAGGGAUUAAUGGGAGCACAAGGAAGAUCAAUGAUGAAUACAACAGAAGAGGAAGAUCAUCCUCGUCGAGAUUAAUGGCAAAACGUCUGGUUAUGGAGGAUGUGAACACAGUGGCUGAAGAUUUCAUCAACAAAUUCAGGAACCAACUCAAGGUUGAGAGAGUAGAGUCCUUUAAACGGUUUCAGGAACUGAUUAACCGAGGGCUGUUUGGGCACAAAGAAAUGCUUUUCUUUUUUUCGAAUGAGCAAUGCAAUGAUAGUCGAAAAUUGAAGGAUGUGGAGAGACAUAUUAGUAGCAUUUCUGCGGCUUUAGCUGGUGAGAGGAGGUUUGGUGGAGUUGGUGUGGGGAGGGAGAACACUUGGAUACGAUGGAUUGCACCACCGGUUGAUUGGAUGAAGGUUAACUCUGAUGGCACCUUUAAUGUUUCCACAGGGAUGGCGAGUGCUGGCGGAAUAUUGAGAGAUCAUUAUGGAAAUUGGCCGGGAGAUUUGCUAUGA